AUGGAUGACACACUCAAAUUCCACAUCCGACACUCAAUCAAAGGCUGCAAAGCAUUGGACAUUUGUCGCCGUCUAGGCAAUGCAAUUCGAUACGCCCAAGCCGACCACCCUAGUAUGCCGCUAUCAUCCAACACAAACGAGCUGUGUUUGUCAACAAGUGUCCGCACCAAAUUGGAAGACAUUGAAAUAGCUCGAGCCGCAGGCGAAAACCAGCUCCGUGAUGUUGUCGUCAAAAUGUGCGACCGCUCCAGUUUUUCAAUAAAGUAUCCCACGCCAGAACGUUUGAUGAAUGUCAAAGAGGCAAUCACCAACCUUAACAAUGAAAUUGAGCUUUUUUGCAAACUGAUCGACCACUUGUCAACACAGUUUGAAGGACUGGAAACAAGCAAACGCUCCAAGGAUGCUCUUUCCCUUGAUCUAACUUUUGUGCCACAAGCAAUUUACAGUGAAACGGUGCUCAAAACGGCAGCUCAAAGUGGAGAACAACUCACUGAAACAGCUCUCGACGAGGCCAAAACAGCAGAAAGCAGCCCAUCAUCUUCAUCAUCAUCAUCAUUGGAAUCAGCAGAAACAGCAGUGGCCAAAUCGGCAGUUGCCUCCAUGAACGCGCUGAUGUUCAAUCUGACCUUCCAAAUGAAUCCCCACUACGUGAGCUACCUGCUCGACCUGGUUGGCUCACACCUGACGCCGCUUAAAAGUUACACUUUGGAGGGCGAAUUUGGCUGCGGCGGCCAGGGCACGGUGUACCGUGCCAAAGAACUGGACGACGGUACCGAGGGCGCCGGUGAAAAGACGUCUCGUCUCAUCGCUCUGAAGGUCAACUGCAUCACCCGGAACUCCUACCGGAGCGUCACCCGCGAGGUGAUGUUCGUCUGCAGAGAGGCGUCCAGCAGCCUGCAGCACCCCAACAUUCUCAGUUCACUGUACUGUUCGGUGUUUGCCGUCAAAAAGGACUACUUCAUGGCGCUUGCCUUUGAGCCGAUGUUCGACGGCAGUCUCGAUAAGUACGUUGAGUUCCACUGGCCGGAUCGUUACAUUGCCUGUGUGUUGCGUCAAGUCCUGCUUGCUCUAAGCUACCUCCACUCAAAAGGAAUAGUUCACAAUGACGUCAAAUCGGACAACAUUUUACUGAGCACUGGCACUGUGAAACUGGCCGAUUUUGGCAAAGCAAUGCGCCUGGCAGAGUUUGAGCCAAAUAUCCGUGGCACUCUACGCUGGGCAGCGCCUGAACUGAUCAGUGCCUACUUGAAAGGCGAUAAAACAAGCAACAGUUUUACCACUGCAGCCGAUAUUUGGUCACUGGGCGCAACACUGUACGAGCUACUAGAGGGCAACUAUCCCUUUCAUGUCUACAAUAAUUCUAUUCUCCAUGACGUCAUACCCACUCAGCGACUUGCUUUAACAAACAGUGAAAACCAUUCAAAUGCUGUCGUGCAAUUGUUUUCAUCAAUGAUUAAAAUGAAUCCAUCCAAAAGACCUUCAGCUGAUUUACUUCUUACCACCUCGUUCAUAAAUGAAACGUGUGAUCUCAACGAACUGGCUGAUUUUAUUGAACAGAAGAAAUUAGAAACAAAAUAA